UCAUUACAAAUGAUUAAAUCGCCAUCUCCAUAUUGCAUGAGAAUCAGAUUCUUUGAAAACGGCUUCCUCCUGAGGCAAGUUGUUUCGAGCACUUCUCUCUCUCUUUCUUUCUGAGCCCAAGUCCUCUCUAACAUGCAAAGAACCCGAACGACAAAGAGGAAAAGGAGGGGGAGAAGAACAGAGCUCUGAUUCGAGGUCAACAAUGGCGAAGAGAACUGCAGAGGAUAUCACCAAGGAGGCGGCUGUGGAGGAAGAGGCUCACCCUUAUGCUUUUCACGUGUCCGGACCCCGCAAUGUUCCUUCCCCCAACUGGCGAGACCUCAUCAGUUCUAGCUGGAAGGAUGAGAACUACAGGAGGACUGUAAUCGCCUGCUUCAUACAAGGGGUUUACCUGCUUGAGCUCGAUAGGCAAGAGAGCCGGUCCGAGGAGAAUGCGCUUGCCCCAAAAUGGUGGCUGCCCUUCAAGUACAAGCUCUCCCAGACCCUGAUCGAUGAACGGGAUGGGUCGAUAUUCGGUGCGAUCCUUGAGUGGGACCGUUCUGCUGCUAUGGCGGAUUUCAUACUCAUGCGGCCCUGCGGGGCUCCGAAAGCUGUCCUGGCCCUGAGAGGGACCUUGCUCAAGAGCCCCACGAUCCGCCGGGAUAUUGAGGACGACCUCCGGUUUUUGACCUGGGAGAGCCUAAAGGGUUCUGUCAGGUUCAAUCUUGCGCUCGAGGCAUUGAAAUUGGUUGCUGCUAGGUAUGGGAGCAGCAACGUGUGCAUAGCGGGGCAUUCGUUGGGAGCAGGUUUCGCUCUUCAGGUGGGCAAAGCACUGGCUAAAGAAGGAAUGUACGUGGACGCGCAUUUGUUUAACCCGCCUUCAGUUUCCCUCGCAAUGAGCCUCAGGAACAUUGGGGAAAAGGCCGGGUUUGUCUGGAAGAGGGUCAAGUCGAUGUUUCCUUCUGCCGCUCAAGAUCAGAGUGGCCGCAAUGCUGAAGCUGACACGACGAUGGGCUCGGUUCUAGGACUAAAGAACUGGAUGCCUAAUCUGUACAGGAAUAAGACAUCAAACAUUGGACUCCAGAAAUGGGUUCCGCACCUCUACGUGAACAACAGCGACUACAUCUGCUGCUACUACACUGAUCCUGCAGGGACGGAACCGAAUGUCACCGAGAAGGAGAACGUCAUUCCCACAAAUGAGCAAGUGGCUGCGAAGAUGUUUGUGAUGUCAAAGGGGAAGCAGAGGUUUCUCGAGGCUCAUGGGCUGGAGCAGUGGUGGUCCGACGAUUUGGAGCUUCAACUGGCUCUAAACAGCAGCAAGCUUAUCAGCAAGCAGCUCAAGUCCCUGUACAGCCUCCCUGGUUCUAGUCCAACCACAACACCGCAGGGGAAGCCCUGAUAUCGGGCUCGGUCUGGGUGUAGAAAUAACUCGUUUGCAAAUCACGAUCAUGAGCUUUCCUUGAAUGCACCUUGAUGGCAAUCUACGAAAUUGUCAUGUUGGCCUUUUCCAUCUAAUCUUAAUUAUUCCUUAACUAGUUCAACUUUCAUCUUCAUACAUCAUCAUACAAGCUGAUGCUUUGAGUCAAAAUAAGAUGUUCGUAUUACU